ACAUCUGCACAGCUACAUGAGUGUUCUGCCGUCAGAUAUCUUUUUGGGGAACUUUCGCUUCCUCAGUUUUUUUUUUUCCCUUUUCCGCACUGUUGAGCUUGCAACCUUUCAGAGGACGUGAGUCAGUGCAAGCUGUGGUGUGACAGGAGUUUUCACCACCAACUCUGCACGAGCUGAAAACGUUUUCUUCGUGCGUCAGGAACCAGCACUGUGCGCAACAUGUCAAUGCCGCAGCAGAUACGAGAUGAAAGUGACUUUGAUCAGCUUCCGCACAACAUCCCUGUCAGCGCCACCGUUGCUGAUAUUGAGGAGAAGAAAGGCUUCAUUGACUAUUUUACAUUUGUAGUUGAGGUGAAGACUAAAGGAGAGGCGAAGUAUCUGAUCUACAGAAGGUACAGGGAAUUUUUCAACCUGCACCAAGUCCUUGAAGCCAAAUAUUCCCCUGAAGACCUGGAGAAACCUGGUCCCAACACCUGCAUCUUGCCCUCUCUUCCAGGAAAAAUCUACAUUGGAAACAAAAGGGAAAUUGCAGAAAGCAGAAUCCCAGAACUCAAUACAUACAUGAAGAGGUUGCUCGGCCUGCCAACAUGGCUGUUGCUUGAUGAAGCUCUCAGGAUGUUUUUCUACCAGACGGAGCAGGACAGUCAGCACCAACCACGAGCCCUUAGACGUCUCCGCCCACCUACCCGUAAAGUGAAAGAUGUUAAAACACCAAAGAUGGAUAUCUUCUCCUCCCCCAGGGCUGAGGUGAUGUUUGACUUUCGCGGCAACGGUAAGGCAGAGUUGAAGCUGAAGAGGGGAGAAGUGAUCUUCCUGCUGCGACGAGUCAAUGCCGACUGGCUGGAGGGCACAGUAAACAAUCAGACAGGUAUUUUCCCAGAGACCUUCGUGAAGAUUAUUAAACCCCUCCCAGAGAGUGAUUCAGACGGUGAAGGUGGAGGCCACAUGUACAGCUGCCUCCGCUGCUUUCUGCUCACCCCAUCUGGAGUUGAAACCAGAGAUGUGUGUGUACAAGAAGACCUCACCAUCCAACCAACAUACAAGGAUCUGCUGUCUCGGAUGAGGAAUGUCUUCAAGGUGGAUGGUAUUGCCCUGAACUACCGUGACCCAGAAGGUGACCUCAUCCGUAUACUUGACGAUGAAGACGUCCAGCUGAUGAUCAAGGAAGGCAGGGGUCAGCAAGGAAGAGUCAAUAGACCUGUAAAUCAGUUUCCAUGGGAACUGCAUGUGACCAUGGCCUCUGACCUGUCUGUUUACAACAUUGAAGCCUGAGAGAGGAAGCAAUGAGUGAAAUUUAAAAAAUAUAUAUUAAGUCAUCUCAAAUAUACACACACACACACAAAACGAACAAAAAAAAACAUUAUUAUUAACUAAGUAGUCCAGUUGAUAUGUUUGUCUUUCACAUUUAUUCCUGCAUGUUUCAUU